ACUCCAUGACCCUCGCAAGACUCAAACACAUCCAGUACGUCAAAAACGUCGAUGACGCUACCAGCAGGCAGUCAUUUGAGUACUGGCUCUCGGAGCAUCUCCGAUUGAAUGGAAUGUAUUGGGGGGUGAUGGCUCUUGUUGGCCUCAAAUCUCUCGACACCUUACCCAAACCCCAGGUGAUUGAAUACGUUCUUUCAUGUUAUGAUGCCAAAUCCGGCGGGUUUGGUGCUUACCCCCAGCACGACGGGCACAUUCUCUCGACGCUAUCGGGACUACAGAUUCUUUUGAUUUACGACUCGCUCCACACCAUUGACGACAAAAGAGCCCAAAUCACCAAAUUCAUCAAGGAUCUCCAACUCCCCGAUGGGAGCUUUCAAGGCGACUCAUACGGAGAGGUCGACACCCGGUUUGUGUACAACGCCGUCAGCUCGCUCUCGAUUCUUGGUCAGUUGACUGAAGACGUUGUGGAAAGAGCAUCUCAGUUUCUUGUCAGGUGCGAAAACUUUGAUGGUUCUUAUGGCAUGGAGCCGGGCGCAGAGAGCCAUGCGGCCCAGGUGUUCACGGUGGUGGGGGCGUUGGCCAUCAUGGAUAAGUUGCACCUUGUGAAGCACGACAAGUUGGCGACAUGGUUGAGUGAACGGCAGGUGAAGGAAGGAGGGUUCAAUGGACGGCCUGAAAAGUUGCCUGAUUCGUGCUACAGCUGGUGGGUGUUGAGUCCACUUACGAUCUUGGGCCACCAGAACUGGGUGGACUUGGCACGUUUGGGUGAUUUCAUUUUGGGAUGUCAGGACGAGGAAAUAGGAGGGUUUAGUGACCGUAAAGACAACCAGACCGAUAUUUACCAUACUUGUUUUGCCAUAAUGGGACUAAGUCUUGCCGACCAUGAACUAUAUGAUCUCGAGGCCAUUGACCCGGUAUACUGCAUGCCUUACUCAGCUACUCAAAAGAUUCAGAAGUGGCCGUAUGCUGGACGUGAAUGAUUAUCGAGAAGUUAAGGGGCCUCAUAUCGCCGGUUCGUCUAGCGAUCAUCUAUGUAAGCAUGUCAUUCAGAAGUAUAUUGCAAAUCUCAGGAUACUGCAAAUCGCAUGUUACUGCAAAUCUCAUGAUACUGCAAAUCACAUGAAGGUUGCACAUCUCUUAUAUAAUGUCGCCAUAUAUUUUAUUUUAAAGAUAAAUGUCGUUUGGCAUCGCGCCUCCAUAACAGAUAUUUUGCAGCUGUAGUCACGAACAUACGCGGUUAUCUCGCGAUGAUUCACUGAUGUCGCAAGUCUGUCACUUGAAG